AUGCAAGUCAUCAAGUCGCUCCUCGCCAUCCAGGCUCUUCUCUUGGCUCCUGCCGCCCUCGCUGAGAAUAUCGGCGAAUGGUGCGACCACAACGUCGCCAAGGAGUACACCACCUGCGACAACGCAAAGACCAACAUCAUUUACUGCGACGGACGUAAUUCGCAGUGGACUUUGGCCUACACUUGCGGUGGCGGAUGCUGCUUCAACGCCCCUCCAUCCUGGGGCGGCGACUCCAUGGCCAAUUGCCUGUCUUUGAUCUCAUCCGUCCUCGUGUCGAUCGCCUCUGCCAGCGUCCUCACUACGAAUGGCUCAGUUAACGCAUCUGAGGCGUUCGAGUCGUUGUAUCCGAGAAACAACCCCAGCAGCAAGAUUGACGAUCUCUUCGAGUUGGGUAACAGCUGCAAGGACAAGGUUCAGGUCCUUCAAGGUUGGCUUGACGAGAUUAAAAAGAUGCAUUCUCAAUUCGAAGCUGCGGCCCGCGAAGCAUCAGGGAUACCACCCUACGCGGUGACCUUCAGUACAUUUUUCGGUACAAUGCCGCUGAGAGGUAUGGAGAAGGACCUCGACACCAUGAAUCUGGUGAAACAACGAAUCGCGGGCGUUACGCAGUUUCUGAACGGCGGAGGUCUCAGGAAGGCGAGCCGGCCGGGUAAGCCGCUGCUGCUUUGCUCAGACAGCGAGCUUGAGCUUCAGGAUCCAGACGGCGCCGUACGAGACGACAAGGGCGAGUACAUCGUCGCCGAGAGAGACCCAAACACCAACGAGCCUACUGCCCACUUGGGCUUUUACACCGUAUUUCCAAACAUGAAUUGGGACCAUCAGCAUGUCUUUUGGUGCGAUGUCUUCAAAGGUUACGUCUUUGCGGGCCGCGACAAGCUCUGCUCCGGCUCGCUCCAUGGCUGCGUGGCACCAAAGACUCCAGAUGCCCCGCAAGGGCUACACGGUGUCGAUCCCUUCACCCUCGGUACGGCUAGUAGGCUUCUUUUACUUUGUCCCUUGGCAUUUGAUGAAGCUCGGCCGAUUUCUGAAGACGGAAAGAGUGUCAGGCCUCAUUCGUUUCCCUCCCUGGCGGACGCCGUGGACCCGGACAACUACCCCGAAGGAGACCUGUCCCAGCAAAAAUACCAGCUCGACUGGAUGCUGCCCAGAUCGGCAACACUUUAUCAUGAGAUCUACCAUCUGACAGACGAAGACGACACGGUCGAUGCUAGCUGUAAGUGUGAAGUCGAAGAAAACCCCCCUGUUUGA